AUGGUAUUUGUCAAGGUGUACAAGGUGGUCAUGGUCCUGCUGGGGAGGUCGCCGGUGCCUGUGGCUGCAUCGGUCCGCCGCGAUGGCGGCUCCACCGGCUACUCGUUCUCGCGCCCUGGUGACGACUCGAACGGGUUCAAGGUUACACCGGCGUUUGUCGUCAUGGGCUGCGCCAUUUUUGUGGCCAGCGUCCUCAUCAUGCACUUUGUUGGCCGCGUGGCCCGCGGCUAAGCCCCGUUGCCCACUCUUGGAAUGAAAGCAGACAAUCCGUA